GACUUUUAGUCACACAUAUUUUAGCAGGGAAGAAAAUCGAGCCCAGUCAAUAAGCAGUACCACCAGCAUUGAUUCAAGACAUGGCGGACGACAAGCUAAAGGAUCUGGCAGAGCUCAAGGACCAGCUAGAGGACAUUCAGCGCCGCGUGGAGAAGGAAGUACAGGCUGGGAUCCCACAGGGUGGCAGUGUGCUGGCCUCUCCUUUCCUCAAGGGCUUCUUGGCAGGGUAUGUUGUGUCUAGGCUGCGAUCCUCUGCGGUUUUGGGCGUGGUCCUUGGGACUUGCACAGGCAUCUUUGCAGCUCAAAACUUUGGCGUGCCCAACAUCGAGGAAACUCUGAAAGACUAUUUCAACACUCUUAAAGGACCCAGCAAGUAGCGGCCCUGGUUUUGGGGGGGGGGGGAUAUGGAGGGGGUAUGGAUCUCUGAACCCCUGCCCGCCUCAAAAAGAUCCAUUGGACUACCCCACCUCCAAGCCCUCUAUUUUAGAUUGCAGAAUGUUCUGAACUGAGAAAAAAUGAUAUGAUCUGUGUUUGUUAGGAGACAUUUUGGGGGAAACGAAUUACGCAUGAAUUACACAUUAAGUGUCUUUACAAUCAUCUCUUGCAAUGUGUGCAAUAGUCCUGCAGGGACUUUAGUGUAUGUUUUUAUAUUACUGGAAAAAUAACACUGUUCCUAUUUUAUGCAAUAGAGAUUUUACUUAUUGAAGUAGGUGCUUUAUAGUGGGAGAUCUUAUUUGCCUCAGGUCAAGUAUGUCAUCUUGCUCGCAGAUCGACCAGAUAACCUUGUUAUACCCAAAUGAUAUGUAUAACCUGUAGUAUCCAGAUUUGAAACAUGACUAAGAUAAUAUUAUGUUCAUAUAUACAAAUAUGUCCCCAGGUAGAUACCAGGUUCUCAACCUAUUUUUCGGACUUUUAGGUCACUGUAAGUCUACAGUAUUCACACCCCUUGACUUUUUCCACAUGUUGUUGUGUUACAGCCUGAAUUUAAAAUGGAUUACAUUUGGAUUGUUUUGUCACUGGUCUACACACUAUCCCCAUAAUGUCAAAGUGAAAUUACGUUUUUAGAAAUGUGUACAAAUUCAUUAAAAAUGAAACGCUGAAAUGUC